AGUGUCAUUUUGGUUUGAAUUUGAAGUCGUGAAGGCAGACGAAAUUUUCACAAUUCGCUGUGUUCAUUUCAGUAUGCCAUUCGAUAUCGAUGUUCGUUUGCCAUUCAAUUUGCUGAGGAACGUGCCCACUCUCGCGUAUCACCAACGUCAGUGUACCUGUACUCGUAAAUGGUAAAUAUAAACGUCAUCAUACAGCACAGCAGAGGAUAAGGCAAAGCAAUUGAGGCACAGUGUUGACGUGUUGAUUUUUUAGUGGAAAUCCUUAAGUAGGCAUAUAGAUAAUGUGUUUCUGAUUAAAUAGUUAUAAAACAUGUGAUUUGUUAGUGUAAAGCUAGUAUUAUUAGAAGAUUUCUCAGCGAUAGUUUCGCCAGUGAAAUGUAGUAAUAAAGUUUACAACCUAAAGUCGCUUCGACUAGUGCUAAUCAUCUAGUGUAAAUAAAAACAUUCUCUCAAAUUGCUACUUAAAGAAGUGAAUGACUACAAUGUCAGUGACGUUGACUUGUAAUAACCGGAAAAGAUUUUCCGGUUAUUCACAAAAAUUCCAGUGCUUUCUAGUUUGCAUUGUGCUAGUAGUAACAGUGAAUUAUUCCAGUGGAUACUUUUAUGCUGACGGAGAAGGUCAAGCUCAAGAGAGGUUUUGCUUUUGUCAGUUGCAGGGAACCAUUGACGACUGUAGCUGUAACGUCGAUACUGUAGACUAUUACAACAAUGUAAAGAUUUAUCCCCGGUUACGCAGUCUUCUAGUCAAAGAUUUCUUCCGCUAUUAUAAAGUAAACCUGGCGAAGGAAUGCCCUUUCUGGGUAGACGACAGCAAAUGCGCCAUGCGCUUCUGUCACGUACAAUCAUGCGAAGAAAAAGAUAUCCCACCGGGGUUAAAAGGCGAUACAUCAUCGUAUCACAAGUAUAUAAAGGAGGUGCAGACAUUGACGAACUGCGAUGAGGAUUUGGAUGUGGAGCUGGGCUUCCUCAACACAAGUAUCAGCGAUAAAGCUCACAUAGAGUUUAAAAAGUGGGCGGAUUACGAUCAGGCUCAGGACAAUUUCUGUAUAUUGGAUGACCACGAACAAGAUGCCGAAUAUGUAGAUUUGCUACUCAAUCCAGAACGCUAUACUGGUUACAGAGGCGAAUCAGCGAGAAGAAUAUGGAGCAGCAUAUAUUUGGAGAAUUGUUUCCAAUCACAUUCAGUCCGACGUACUAAUCCCUAUUCUGCCAUGAUUCCGUAUAAAGAUAUGCUUCAGAGCGAAGUUUGUCUAGAACACCGUGUGUUCUAUCGAAUGAUCUCCGGUCUGCAUUCUAGCAUCAAUAUUCAUCUUUCGGCACAUUACCUUCUUUCCGAAAAGAAUUCAAUGGGUUUCGUUUCGCCGACAGGAAUAUGGGGUCCCAACAUGGAGGAAUUCGAGCGACGAUUUAGUCCGCAAACUACCGAUAACGAAGGACCACACUGGUUAAGGAAUUUAUACUUUGCUUAUCUUGUGGAACUUCGAGCUCUAGCUAAAGCGGCUCCAUAUCUAAGAAGCGAGGAGUAUUUUACUGGCAGAGAUCGCGAAGAUAAAGAAGUCCGAGUCGCAAUCAAAGAUCUGCUUAAUGUAAUCGAAAGCUUUCCCACACAUUUCAAUGAAUCGGUUAUGUUCAGCGGAGGAACAUCUUCGGUGAAGCUGAAAAACGAAUUUCGUGAAAAAUUUAUGAAUAUAUCGAAGGUGAUGGACUGCGUUGGUUGCGAUAAAUGUCGACUGUGGGGAAAGUUACAGACUCAAGGAAUGGGAACGGCUCUAAAAAUUUUAUUCUCAGGCAAAUUUGACGAUCAAAUCGAGUCUAGUAUAACAACUAAACUAAAACCCGAUAAUUCGCAGUUCAAACUAAAACGAGCAGAAAUCGUUGCGUUAUUUAAUGCUUUUGGAAGACUCUCCACUAGUAUUCAUGAACUGGAAGAAUUCCGCCAACGAAUGCGAUAAACACGGCUUGUGAUAGAGAUGAUUUUAAAUGAGGCAAUUAAACAAAAAACAGUGAUACAGGUGCUUACGUGGUAAAUCAAGCAAAGGAACAUCUAUAGACAUUUUAAACUGGCGACAAAAACCAUUAUGGAUAUCUUUGCUGCUGAGUAUAGUGCAAAUUGUGAUUUGUUGCUCAUUUCUGUACCCAACACUUGUGCUUGCAACUUAAAAAAUGUGGUGAAUAAGUAUGCAUGUGGUUAUUUAAUUUAAUUUAAAAGACUUAUAUUUGAUCUUUCUGUAAAUAUAUU